ACUUUCUAGUUAAGCAUGAAAGUUCUUCUCGUAAUAUUUUCAUUGGCCUUUGCCUUUGCUUCUGCAGAAGACAAUCAGACCGAGAUCACACCAGAACCAGACGAUUAUGAACCCAGCAACAUCAUCACCAAUGGCUAUGCAGCCUAUGAAGGCAAAGCGCCCUACAUCGUCAGUCUGCUGAUAAGAACUGAUAACAGCAAUAGAGUUGCAAUAGGCGGCGGCACCAUCAUCGGCCACAAUUGGGUUCUGACUGCCGCCCAUUGUCUAACCACGGACUAUGUGGACAUUCAUUAUGGCUCCAAUUGGCGUGGCAAUGGCCAAUACUACCACAGUGUGCGGAAGAACAACUUCAUCCGUCACCAUCUCUGGCCCAAUACCAAUGGCAAUGACAUUGGCCUGAUACGCACUCCGCACGUUGACUUUACAUCGAGGGUGAACAAGGUAAAUCUCCCCAAAUUUAAUCAACAGAACGAGCUCUUUGAGAACUGGUGGACAGUUGCGUGUGGUUGGGGCGGGCAGGCGAAUGGAAAACUGGCUGACUGGCUGCAGUGCGUCGAUCUACAAAUCAUGAGCAACAACGAGUGCUCUAGGAGCUAUGGCAAUCUGCCCAAUGGCAUAUUGUGUGUGAAAACACCUGGUGGAAAAUCCACCUGCGGUGGUGACUCCGGUGGCCCCUUGGUGACGCACGAUAACCCUAUUCUAGUGGGCAUAACAUCAUUUGGCUCGGCAGCUGGCUGCACAGUCGGCCACCCAGCUGGGUUUACCCGCGUGACCGCUCACUUGGACUGGAUACGCAAAAAUUCUGGUAUUGCGUACUACUAAGCAAUAAGGGUUUUUAGAGCUAUGUAAAAA